UUUUCUUUAUAUUAUAGACUUGGUCUGCGUGAUGCGUCUCGGCGCCUUUCCAGCGCGCUUUAGCAGCAUUAAUAUUUUCAGCCGAAGUAAAUUAAUAGCCGUGGAACUUCUCAGGAUAAGUAUUCCACAGACUACAAAUUCUGAAACAAGUUUAUUUCAGUUUAGCUUCACAUCGGUUGCCUCUAAGCUCUGGGAAAUUCUUAUAAAAUUGCUGUAGAGCAAUACUCUUUGCUCUAUGUCAUUAAGAAUAUUGUAACCAGGCUAAAAUUAAUUGGAGUUACAAAGCGAAUGUUUAGCUGUGGCGGCAAUGACAUAAUUGAAGAAUCGGCCUUUAUUUUCCCUGUUUUGAAAGCAGGUCUUACAUAAGGAGGGCAACGCAGUCAGUUUAGGAGCUUUGCAGAGUGACCGCUUCUAUUUGAAAGCAGCUGAUUGACUCAGUUUCUAAAGAUGGGGUUUUCUUUCUUCAAGAAGCCUGUCAGACUUUUACUACAAUUACGGAUUUUCCGUGCGUCCCUUGUACAAUGUUCUGGAUGUUUCUGGUAUAGACCUCACUACAAGCGUAAUUACUAUAUGAAACCCUAGCCCCCCGCCCCUCUCCAAACAACAACCAGACAACCUGGGAUGAAUCUUCCUCUUCGCGACGCUUCGUGAACUUGUUCUUUCAGUGGCGAUGUCUGCACCGCGCUGCAGGGACGUGGGUCCGGGGGUGUCGUCACGGGCCUCUGUGCAGAGGGCAGGGCUCUGCCUGCUGCUCCGACCGACUCCUGUCCGUGUGCCGGGGACACUCGGGGGCACGUUGCUUGCUGAACUCGAGACUCACAUGUUCUCUGGCCUGUAGGUCAUCGUCUUUAAACGACUUCAUUUCUAGGAGCAGAUUUCGAGGCGCAGCAGAAAAGAAGGGCCUGAUUCCCCUCACACAGCCGCCUGCUCGCAGCUCCUCCGCCAGAGGGCUGGUUUGUUACAGCUGUGACUGCACCCACACAUGUCACCCAAGUCCAUGCCUGACAUUCUGCCUCACUCGAAAUAUUGUAUGUUAUGAGUUUGACACGUGUACAUAUGAUCCCACUUUUAUGUAUUAGGGCGCUUCUUCCGUCCGGUUAUCUCAAACCUGGCAUUGCUUCCCCCACCCCCCCUUACAUUCAGCCCUUCUCUUCUGCCUUCCGCGGGGUCUGCUGCGCUGGGUCUCUGUCUAAGCAGUGGCUCAGGGCUGUCAGGAUGAGGCUCCAGGCCCCCAUGUGGACAGGGCGGCACAGCCCCCGCGCUGGCUCUCGUUACUUCCUGCCAAAUCCCCGGGUGUCGCAGGUGCCUGUGUGUGCCCUGCUCCUCUCUCCCGGCUCAGCUCUGUGACCUCAGCCUAGGCCCCUACCCUUAGUCCUUCUGGACUCCCACCUUGACUUAGGUGCCCUCUCUCCGCGUGGCCCUCUGUAGCGUGUAUUCCCCUGGACUGGAGGUUUCUCUGUGCUCCCCGCGCUCACCCCCAGUAGACGGCGGUCCCUGGGGGACCCUGUCUGUCCGGCAAGCAGGUGGUGCUCAGGAGGUAGUGGUUGAAUGGCUGAUGCCUUCACACUGGAUUCUUUUCGUUUCUGGAACAUCCCUUCGCUCGUGGUUGUCCUCGGUCUCUCCGUGCCCACCAGUGCCCCUCGGGCGGGGAGUUGGCCUCUCUCCACGCCUUAGUGUCCACUGAGAGCAGUUCCACGUGUGGCCCCCGCCGUGUCCCCCGACAGUGGCUCCGAGGGUGAGCCCUGCUGGACUGGAAGGGCCCGUGGCUCUGUCGCUUCCCAGUUUGUGACUUUGAGCCCCUGGAAAGCAGGGACAGUGCCUGCUUGGCAUCUAAAGGCACAGUGCAAAGGAAGGGCUUAAAUAAUUCUAAAACCACUUGAGUAAGUGACUCAGUUUCUCCAAAUAUUACCACGCGUCCUCUGUGAGGGACGUGAACAGGAGUACAGUUGUGAUGUGUACCACCCAGGAGUCUGCUGAACAAAGGCGAUGGCGGGAGCCCUGAGGAGCAGGCGGGCCCUGCGGCGGGAGGGCGGGAUGGCGGAAGAGCGAGCUGCUGGAGCCAUGGAGGGGAGAGCCAGGCAGGGGCGAGGAAGGGCACUGAGCAGCCACCGAGGUUUGAGGGGAGGAACUCCCCCCCCUUGUGGCUUUGGAGCCCUGGCUGCUUGGAGAACUGGCCAGGGAGGCGUUGCCUGCGCCCUGGGGCGGGGGUGGCAGGAAGAGGAGAGAGUGGGUGGGCUCGACAUGUGUUUUGGAGGCAGAAUGAACAGGACUUGCUGAUGGUUAGAUGUGCGGCGAGGGAGGAAGGAUGCAGUGGUUUCUGGCGUGAGCACCUGUGGGUCAUGGUGCUGUUUACCAAGACAGGAAAGGCUAGAAGGGGUGGGACGGGGCAGAGACAAAAGCCUGAGGUUCUGAUUUGUGGAGUUGAGGCCUGAGAGCCGUCCGGCCUGGGUGAGGCCGAGGCAGCUGUGUGUGGCCACAGACGUGGAUGGAGACGGCGUGUCGGUGUCAGCGAGAGUGGAACGCACAGGAGAAAGGGGAGAGGUUGAUGCCAGGGGAGGAUGGAAAGGCUUGAGAAGGCGAGAGGACAGGGCUGUGCAGGUCCUGUUGCGCCCCCUCCUGCCGGGAGGAAGGGGUGGGAAGAGGGCUCGUGGCUCCUGCUGCAGCUCCUGCCGGGAGCACUUGUGGUCGGUGUAGCAUCAGCUCCUCAGGUCACUCCGAGCCUGAGCCGGCCUUUCCACUCUUAGGAAUGCAGAGGUUACUGACUGUGUUCCCAUUUCUCAGACUAAUCUUUAUACAGCAGCUUCUCUAUCGUCCCCUGGAAGGAAACAGCUAAAAACCACCCGGCUCCUGCCGCCCAGAUAGCUGGCCCGGGUCGUUUCUGGAGGAGGCUUCCUGCUCGCUCUCGCCGCCUGCGCCUCCCCUGCAUGUCCUGUCGGGAACUUGCUGCAGGAGGCCUCGCAACGCAUGCACGUCGGUCGGCCUGUUGCUCCAGCCAGUUAAUACAGGAGGCAGGUUCCCACAUGAAAUCGAGACUGACAGCCCAUCUCCUGCAUGUGGAAGGCAGAGCAAUGGCCAGAUGCUCUGAAAUCGCUAAGACAACACUAAAGUUGAAUCGCAACUGUUCUUGUUGAGAAAUGAGCCGCCAGACUGCGACAGCGUUACCUACUGGGACCUCCAAGUGCACCCCGUCCCAGAGGGUGCCUGCCCUCACGGGCACCACCGCGUCCAACAAUGACUUGGCCAGUCUCUUUGAGUGUCCUGUCUGCUUUGACUAUGUGUUGCCACCCAUUCUUCAGUGUCAGAGCGGCCAUCUUGUCUGUAGCAACUGUCGCCCAAAGCUCACGUGUUGUCCAACCUGCCGGGGCCCCUUGGGAUCCAUUCGCAACUUGGCGAUGGAGAAAGUGGCCAAUUCAGUACUUUUCCCUUGUAAAUAUGCCUCUUCCGGGUGUGAAAUCACUUUGCCCCACACAGAAAAAGCAGACCACGAAGAGCUCUGUGAGUUCCGGCCUUACUCCUGCCCGUGCCCCGGCGCGUCCUGUAAGUGGCAGGGCUCUCUGGAUGCCGUGAUGCCCCACCUGAUGCAUCAGCACAAGUCCAUCACCACCCUGCAGGGGGAGGACAUUGUGUUCCUCGCCACGGACAUCAACCUCCCCGGGGCGGUGGACUGGGUGAUGAUGCAGUCCUGCUUCGGCUUCCACUUCAUGCUGGUCUUGGAGAAGCAGGAGAAGUAUGACGGGCACCAGCAGUUCUUUGCAAUUGUACAGCUGAUAGGAACGCGCAAGCAGGCGGAAAAUUUUGCUUAUCGACUUGAGCUAAAUGGUCACAGGCGGCGAUUGACUUGGGAAGCUACUCCCCGAUCUAUUCAUGAGGGAAUUGCAACAGCCAUUAUGAAUAGCGACUGUCUAGUCUUUGACACCAGCAUCGCACAGCUUUUUGCAGAAAAUGGCAAUCUAGGCAUCAAUGUCACUAUUUCCAUGUGUUGAAGUGGCGAUCACACGUUUUCUGGCCAGUGUUUAAAACCAUUGCAUUCAGCUUCACAGAGAAUAGGCCCCCUCUGCCUGCCCCCCCGAGACUUUUGGUAGGUGGAGCUAGUCACAUGAAGGUAAAUAAAUGGAAAGGCUGUUAAAUACAGGAAACGGUUGCAUGUAGUAACACUAAUAUAUUUAAGUCAACAGUAAACCACUGAAAAAAUAUAUAUAUACACCCAAGACGGGCAUCUUUUGUAUUAAGAAAGGAAGCAUUGUAAAAUAAUUCUGAAUUUGUGUUUGUUGUAGAUUGAGUGUACUGUUGAGAAAUACUGGGUUUUUGUUUCUGCGUGUGAGAGUGUGUGGGUGCGUGUGCGUGUGCGUGUGCUUGGGUUUUUUUUUCCUUUAACUGACAAGCCAUGUUAAGUGGUCUUGGGCCACUGCUUCCCCUCUUUUGAGUCAAUACAUAGUGCUGCUGUGUGUGUAUAUAUUUUUUGUGUGUAUUUGCUAAUUUUUAUUAAUUUUAGUUUUUCAUUAAAUAAAUUUGACUUUCUUUUCUGUAAUUGAAGCUUUUCCCAUCUUUUUUUGUACCUUUUUAAAGUUAGUGGUUUUUUAUGCAUAAUUGUUUAUGGUAAAGUUUAUACAUGUGUGUUCCAUACAUGUUUUUUCUCCCCAUUAAUCAGUUCAUUAGAAAUACUUUAAAUUCAGCUUCUUGUGAAGACACGAGUUCCAGAAAGGAGAGGUAACAUCGGAAGAAAGAUCAGAAGCUACUUAAAACAGCUAGAAGAUGGUCGGUCGGUCGGUCUUUUUCUCUCUUUUUUCCAGUUGAGUCACGCCUUCAAACUUAUUCUUUAAAAGGUAGUAGGAUAUACUGAUUUUUUAAAAUAUAUUAAAAAAAAUCCCCCCCCCCCCAUAUCUUGGACAAAUCACAUAUGUUUAAAAUUUGUUCUCAUAUUUAUUGGUUUUGCAAAAGAAGGCAUCAUCUCACAGUAUUUGUAAUUAAAAGCAAAGCAUUUGUUUAAAAAAAGGCAGUUUGCAAAAAAAUGUUUUUGGUCUUUUAUAAUUCUCAUUAAAAGAAUAUCUGGCAAAUUGAAAA